UGGUCUUAGCUUUACAAUGACUGUCAGACCAUCCACGGGAGGAUCGAGCAGAGAGUUUGUGCUUCACACAGAAUCACGAUCAAACUCCAACUCCAGGUCCCACUCAAGGGAAAGACCAAGACAAAGGCUUGUCGAUGUCUCUUCGGAUUUGAUCAAAAUGAGAAGUCGAAGAAGUGAGCGGCUGGAGAGCUCUAGGACUCUCUACUCAAGUUUCUCACGAAGCAUCGAGUUGUCCCUGGAUGAGAUAGAUGCUGGCAAAUUCAUUCAAGAAAACUUCAAGAAGAGAGAAUGCGUGACAUACACAAAAGAUCCCAGGUCACCGGAGGGUGUCUGCAAAUGUGGAUAUUCCCGGAGCCAGCACACUGAAGGCAUACAGAGCAACCAGAAUGAGAAGUGGAACUACAAGAAGAACACAAAAGAUCUGCCCACAGAUGCCUAUGGGGAUAUCCAGUUUGAAACCUUUGGAAGAAGAGGAAAGUACAUUCGCCUGUCCCGAGAAACUACUCCUGAAAUUCUGUAUGAGCUGAUGACCAAAUACUGGCAGCUGAAGACCCCAAACCUUAUCAUCUCUGUAACAGGAGGAGCCAAGAACUUCUCCCUGAAGCCACGAAUGCGCAAAAUCUUCAGCCGCCUCAUUUACAUUGCUCAGACCAAAGGAGCCUGGAUAUUCACAGGAGGCACUCACUAUGGUCUGAUGAAGUACAUUGGAGAAGUGGUCAGGGAUAAUACUAUAAGCCAAAGCUCAGAAGAAAAAGUAAUUGCUAUUGGUAUUACAGCUUGGGGAAUGAUCUCCAACCGAGAAUCACUGAUUCGUAGCUCCAAUAAUGAGGGUAAUUAUGUUGCUCAGUAUGUCAUGGAUGAGCAGAAGAGAGAUCCACUAUACUGCCUGGACAACAACCACACUCAUUUGAUUCUUGUAGACAAUGGCACCCAUGGACAACCAACUACUGAGGCUGAGCUCCGUGCUUCCCUGGAGAAGUACAUAUCAGAACUCAAUGUCCCAGAUUCUAACUAUGGUGGAAAAGUCCCUAUUGUAUGUUUUGCUCAGGGAGGAGGAAAGGAAACUCUCAAGGCAAUAAAUACAGCCAUUAAAAGUAAGAUUCCAUGCGUGGUGGUAGAGGGCUCUGGACAAACAGCAGAUGUGAUUGCUAGCUUGGUGGAAGCAGAGGGUACCACACUCGCAUCCUCAGUAAUCAAAGAGCGGCUGCUUCGCUUUCUACCCCGCACAGUGUCUCGUCUGGCCGAGGAUGAAAUGGAAUCCUGGAUUCGAUGGGUAAAGGAGAUUAUGGAAAACCUACAUCUUCUGACAGUCAUCAAAAUUGAUCAAGCUGGGGAUGAGAUUGUGAGCAGCGCCAUCUCUUUUGCUUUGUACAAAGCUUACAGCACCAAUGAGCAGGAUAAAGAUAACUGGAAUGCACAACUGAAACUGCUCCUCGAGUGGAACCAACUGGAACUGGCUAGUGAGGAGAUCUUUACUAAUGACCGGCGUUGGGAGUCGGCUGACCUGGAAGACGCCAUGUUUGCUGCACUGGUGAAGGAUCGACCUAAAUUUGUCCGUCUCCUAUUAGAGAAUGGCUUAAACCUGCGCAAAUUCCUGACCAGUGAGAUCCUUGGCGAGCUUUUCUCAGAACAUUUCAGUACCCUUGUAUUCCGCAAUCUGCAGAUUGCCAAGAAUUCCUACAAUGACUCUCUCCUUACCUUUGUUUGGAAGAUGGUGCUGAACUACCAGCGUAGCCAUAAGGAAGAUAGGAACAGCCGUGAUUAUUCUGAUAUACAGGAUCUUUCUCCAAUCAUAAAACACCCUAUUCAAGUAUUGUUCAUAUGGGCUAUUCUGCAGAAUAAAAGACACCUAUCAAAGGUUAUUUGGGAGCAGACAAGAGGAUGUACACUUGCUGCGUUGGGUGCCAGCAAACUCCUGAAAAGCCUGGCCAAAGUGAAAAAUGAUAUCAAUGCUGCUGGGGAGUCGGAGGAAAUUGCAAAUGAAUAUGAAACAAGAGCUGUUGAACUGUUCACAGAAUGCUACAGUAAUGACGAGGACCUGGCAGAGAUGUUGCUGGUUUGUUCCUGCGAGGCCUGGGGAAUGAGUAACUGUCUGGAAAUGGCAGUAGAGGCAAAGGAUCAGCAGUUCAUAGCACAACCGGGGGUGCAAAACUUUCUUUCCAAGCAAUGGUAUGGAGAGAUCUCUAGAGAUACCAAAAACUGGAAGAUAUUAUUCUCUCUCUUCUUCUUUCCUCUAAUUAGCUGUGGAUUCAUCUCUUUCAGGAAGAAACCAUCAGACAAAAAGAGAAGCCAUUUGUGGAAAUACUUUGAUUUCUUCACUUCGCCCUUUGUUGUCUUUUCCUGGACUGUCAUUUUUUACAUUGGGUUCCUCCUUGGUUUUGCCUACGUCCUUCUCAUGGAUUUCCAACCAGUCCCCACAGGCCUGGAGAUAGCAGUCUACGUACUGGUGUUCAUCUUACUCUGCGAUGAAAUAAGACAGAUGUACAUGAGUGGAAUAAAGUAUUUUACAGACCUGUGGAACAUCAUGGAUAUUUUAGCCAUCCUUUACUUCAUUGCAGGGAUUGUAUUCAGACUGCACCGUUCUAAUUCCAGUGCUCUUUACACGGGUAGAGUAAUCUUCUGUCUGGACUACAUCAUCUUUACUGUGAGACUUAUUCACAUCUUUACCGUUAGCCGGAAUUUAGGACCAAAGAUCAUUAUGCUGCAAAGGAUGCUGAUAGAUGUAUUUUUCUUCCUCUUCCUCUUUGCUGUUUGGGUUAUUGCUUUUGGUGUGGCCCGCCAAGGAAUUCUGCGCCUCAACGAACAUCGCUGGGAAUGGAUAUUCCGCUCAGUUAUAUAUGAGCCGUAUCUAGCAGUGUUUGGACAAUAUAUAGCUGAUGUGGAUGGAACGACCUAUGAUUUUGACCAUUGCACUGUAACUGGGAAUGAGUCUAAACCACUUUGUGUGGAGAUGGACAGUGACCAUAACCCUCGAUUCCCAGAAUGGAUCACCAUCCCAUUGGUCUGUGUCUACAUGCUUUCUACCAACAUUCUGCUUGUGAAUCUGCUCAUUGCCAUGUUUGGGUAUACUGUGGGUUCAGUGCAGGAGAACAAUGAUCAGGUGUGGAAGUUCCAGCGAUAUUUUCUGGUUCAGGAAUAUUGCAGCAGACUCACCAUCCCAUUCCCGUUUGUCAUCUUUGCUUACAUCUAUAUGAUUCUCAGAAAAAUGUUUAGCUGCUGCUGCAAAGAGCAAGAGCCUGAACCCUCACACUGCUGCUCCAAGAAAGAAGACAAUGAAACUCUGGCAUGGGAAGCUGUGAUGAAGGAAAAUUAUCUAGUGAAACUUAGCAGCCAGAAUAACAAUAACAUGGAGACGGAACAAAGGUUCAAGCUGCUGGAAGGAAAGCUGAGUGAGUUGAAAGGGAUGAUAAAGGAAAUCAGAAGCAAGAUAAAGUGACAGCUGACAGCAAACCAUUAACUGGAACUGAGACCAUUGACCCUACAUGGAGAACCCUGGGAAACUGUUUCUUCACAUAACCUCUUCCAUCCAGAAGCCUUUAUACAUUUCCUGAUUCCUCCAUUCAUUUGCACACUUUUUUAUUUACCAUCAAAGGGCAUUCAUCAUUCAGUGAGGAACCUACAGUAUGCAGGUGGCAGAUGCUGAAGCCAUAAAUAAGAAGCAUCUGUCCAUGCAUUCUGUAGCUUCCGUGCUCUGCCAAGGCUGAUUGUUCAUACACAUGCUGCUGUUUUUGUUUAUUUUAUUGAAUAUUUGUAUUUGUUUUGCAUUCACUUGUGUUCAGAGGAUAAAUAACAUAAAAGCAAUAUUUGUUGACUCUUCAAUCAGUAUAAAUCCAUGUGCAUUCCACUAGUGUUCAAGUGUUUCAUAUGGAUUUUUAUCAAUAGUGUUGCUUAAAAAAAUACUCACAGGCCUUUGCAAGUUAAAAAGCUGUAGAAACAUCUUCACAAUCUGUGUUUACCAGGUUCCACCCUAUAUGCUUAAAUCUACAGAUUGAUGCCUACUUAUAGGUUUAUGUCUGUAGGCCUCUGUGCCUUAAACAUACAGUAUAACUUGGUGCCUAUUGCAAUUCAAUUUCCAUUUGCCCUCGAUACACACUCUCAGUCAUGGCACUGCUUUCUCCUCCCAAUAUGGGGCAUAUGCACCUGUCCUCCUCCUUUAUUGAACUAAUUUGGAAUUAGUGGCAGAAAACAGGCUCUUUUAUCUUCCAGCAGGUUUAACAUCUUUAAUUGUUAAAUACUGGCACAAUCAUAUCCAAUAGAAAAGAGAUGCACAAUCUUAUUUGAAUUAUAUGGAUUUGACAAACAUCUUUCAAAAUCACGUACAAUUUCACAAUAUACCUGUUAUAAGAACUUAAAUAUCUUCCUUGCCAUUCCUGAGGUUUUUUUUAUUCAACGCCUACAUAUAUUUCCCAUAGGUUACAUUUGAUACUGUGACAAUCCUAAGCACCAUCUCAUCGGGUCUAUGUGUUUUGUAAUAUUGUGUCUUGCACUUGUAAUAAAAACAAAUAAAGUAACCUUGUA